AUGCCUCUUGCAAGAAGAACUUCCGUUACCGCCUUGAGAUCCGUUGCUCCCCUCCGUCAAUCUCCCACCGCCGCAGCCUCAACCUUCCGCCACUUCACCUCCGCCGGCUAUCCUUCCAACAGCUUUCAGUUAACUCCGCCGGUUAACUGGGGAGUACGAAUCGUACCGGAGAAGAAAGCGUAUGUGAUUGAGCGAUUCGGAAAAUUCGCCAAGACAUUGCCGUCGGGGAUUCAUUUCCUGAUUCCGUUCGUUGAUCGGAUUGCUUAUGUUCAUUCUCUCAAGGAAGAAGCGAUUCCGAUCCCUAAUCAGACUGCGAUUACUAAAUAUAACGUUAGUAUCCAUAUCGAUGGCGUUCUCUAUGUCAAGAUAGUGGAUCCUAAGUUAGCUUCUUAUGGAGUUGAUAGUCCUAUCUAUGCUGUUGUGCAGCUGGCUCAGAAUAAUAUGCGUAGUGAGCUUGGUAAGAUCACUCUUGAUAAGACCUUUGAGGAAAGAGAUACUCUCAACGAGAAGUUUGUGCUACAUAUCCUUUUCUGCUUAUUUCUAAUUCGUGUAUCUUCAGGGGAUAUUAUGCGCCCUCAUGGAGUGAGAGUUGCUAUGGAGAUGCAAGCUGAAGCUGAAUGUAAAAAGAGAGCCCAGAUUCUUGAGUCUGAAGGAGAAAGGCAAGCUCAUAUCAAUAUUGCUGAUGGUAAGAAAAGUUCUGUAAUCUUGGCAUCUGAAGCUGCAAAGAUGGAUCAAGUUAACCGAGCACAGGGUGAGGCUGAAGCAAUACUCGCUAGAGCACAAGCAACUGCUAGAGGCCUUGCCAUGUUAUCUCAGUCUCUCAAAGAAACUGGGGGAGUAGAUGUGAUUUUUAACAAACCUAGCCUCAGUCCUGCAACCGGAUCCUAUCGAGCAACCGAUCAUUCCUACAAAAUGAGUAUCGUCAAUA